GGCUACCUAUUGCCAUCCUUGCAUUGCAGACUAUAGGAAAAGGUGGAGGCGCAGCACCCCUAGCUAGAUGUGACGACACUUACCUUCAAAGAUCAAGGAGGAAUGGAGGAAAAUGGUGAAAGUGGAACAGUUGACUUUGGUCUCAAGGACAAGUUGAAGUGGGACCAUGAUAGCGAAGGUCGCACCAUUUUUCCUCCAAACUUUGACUUCAAGUUUGUCGUGGUGAAGGAAGAGGAGCCAGAUAUAAAUGGAGGUGCGGAGGUCAAAGAAUGAACCAAGGCAAGAAGUGGACUAGCAACCUCUGCCAACAGAGUAGCUGACUUCAUUUAGUGAUCUUUUACUUUGUUUUAAUGUUUGAACAAUUUGUUUCAAAUAUUGAUCUAAUUUUUAAACAUUUAUAGCAUUGAUAUUGAUACAUUUUUAAUUUGUUUUGUUUAGUUAUUACAUUUCAUAAUUGGUUAAGAUAAAGAUUGAAAUAAAAUUUGGAAUCACCU